CUUCUCCAUAGUAGGUCCGAUGUGGAGGACCGUCUGCAUCAAUAGGGACAGGUGGAGUAUUUAGACUGAUGUCUGCUGGUGAUGUUGGAAUUCCAGACGAGCUAUUAGGCAGCUGACGCGUCGGUGUGGUGCUUCUGCUUGGCUAUGUAACAAAUAUUCAGCUAUUUAUUUAUUUAUUUUUAAUGUAAAUAAUGCAGAGGUCCUUCGCGGAGGACAGCCUUUAGACAGUGCCAGGACUGCCGUCAUAUUUUUAAGGAGAAAACUAUAAGAAAUCAUUGCAUUCUGAGGAAUAACGCGUGUUUUGAGGUAUCGAUUGAUAUUUCCAUAAUAUAACAUAAUGCUGGAUAAAAGUAAAUAUAAUUUGGUAGAUGACUCAAUAGACCAGAGGAUCCCUGCUGAUACUGAAGGGCAGUUCCAGCACGGGCUCACGUUCGAGGUGAAGUUUAUCGGGAGUCUGGAUAUUGUGAGACCUAAAAGCAGGAUUGAAAUAUUGGCUGCUAUGAGACGAAUACGGUAUGAGUUCAAAAUAAAGAACAUCAAGAAGAAGAAAGUGAACCUUAUCGUGUCAGUGGAUGGUGUCAAUGUGGUUUUGCGGAAAAAGAAAAAGAAAUAUGGAUACAGCUGGGAUGAAAGCCAAAUGACACUGGCCCAGGACCCAAUUUUCAGAAUAUUUUAUGUCUCACAUGACUCACAGGACCUGAAGAUAUUCAGUUAUAUAGCAAGAGACAAGAAAAGCAACAUGUUCCGCUGCAAUGUCUUCAAAUCAAAGAGGAAGAGCCAGGCUAUGAGGAUUGUGCGAACGGUGGGCCAGGCAUUUGAGGUGUGCCAUAAACAAAGUCUAGACAAUGCUGAUGCAUGGCUGGUAAAAGGAGAGGAGGAAAAAAGCAAAGAGGAGAUUGCAGGUUCUGGCAACACCACUGAGAGAUCAGACCAUGCUUUCCCAGAAAAAGACGAAAAGGUGUGUGAAGACCCUGUGUUGGUAUCCUCCAGACUGGCGUCUCCUCUCUCCAGUCCUCUAACUGUGAGCCAUCAGGUACAGCUGCUACAGAGACAGUUACAGCAGCAGGAGCAGAGGAGUCAAGCCGCCUCUGCACAGGUGGCUCUGCUGCAGCAGCAGCUGUCGGUGGAGUCCAGCGCCAGGAUGGAGGCGCAAGCCAGAGUCCAGCAGCUCCUGCAGCAGAACACUGAACUUCUGCAGCAUCUCUCUCUGCUAGUGAAACACAUCCAAGAUCUGGAGCUACGCACUCAACCACACAAAAAUUCACCCUUGGGAUCUCAAGACAGCCUUUUGGAAAUCACCCUGAGGGCCAACAUGCCAGCUGUACCAUGUGACCCCAGUCUCAACCCUCCCCCACCCACUCGAGGGGGCUUUCCUCUCUCGAACAGCCUAGUUCGGCUGGACAGCUUCCGUUUCUUCACAGAACCUUCAGACCAGGAGAAGAAGAAACCGGAGCAGGACCGUGACUCUGGUCAGGGUCAGGAUGAAGAUCCUUCGGGUGAUUGCUCUCCUCCAAGUAACCAAUUCCUCAGAGCACUGGAGACACCUGGGUUCAGAGAGUCCGGCAUCGCUUCUGGAUACGAGUCCAACACUGAUGAAAGCGAUGACCGGGACAGCUGGGGACAGUAACUGCAUGCUUGUGUGUGAAGACUGUGCCUGCUGAAAAGACAAGCAUAAACCAGCAUGUAUUUCCAUACUGGUCCAGAAUGGUUAGUGCUGGUCUGGUGCUGUUCUAGCUGGUGGGCCUGCAUAGCCAUGCUGCAAAACUUAAGAAGCUGGUCGACCACCAUGGUCUUUCUGGUGAAGCUUGUUGACCAAGAAAUCUUGCUGGUUAAGCUAGUUGGGAAACCUGGUGGGUCCACCAGCACAUCAGCUUUCCAUACUGGUAACCAUCAUCCAAAACACUACGUGGUUACCAUAAUGCUUGUCUUUUCAGCAGGGGUAGCAGCUCUCAAAGUCAUUUUUACAUUUUAGCUUUUUUUUCUUUGCAUUGCAGCCUUAGAAUGUUCACCUGUCAGAAAAAAAUAAGUCUAUUGUGUGUUUAUACAAAAAACUAAUUACUAAUUACAAUCUGAAAGAUGUUUAACAUUCCUUUGUGUUCAUUGAUACUAAUACCUGCUAGUCCAGACAGUGGCUUCAUCAUGCUUAAUGUAAAAGUCUAUUACAUAAUGUCAAUUCAAAAUCUUGUUUUAAAUUUGUGUAAAACAGUCUUUAAAAUAAAUGUCCCAUUCAGGAAAUAUAUCAAUGCCAGGGUUCUUAGAAAAUAUUUUCUGCAAAGGUGAACUUAACCGUUUCACUGUUAAAAAGAAAAUAAAGUACCUACAUUUAAUGUACUUUUGACAAUUAGUGUGAAAUGAAGUAAAUUGGGCCAAUUUUUGCCAUUCAUUUUGAUUACAAAGUGUCCCAAUUUACCUGAAUUCACACUAUUUGUCAAAUGUACUAAAGUUCCUUUAUUUAACAUUUAAAAUGAUGUUCACUCACAUGAGACACAGACUCGAAAAUGUUGUUUUAUUCUACAUGAGGCAGGUCGCCCCCUCAUGGUGGCUGCCAUGUUGAGAUCACAUAGCCAGCAGAAUACUACUCACUUUAAAUCCGUAACCCCAUAUUAUCGUACACUUUUGGUUGUGGAAUAAAUUAUUAAUAAAUUAAAUUGAUCAUGGGAGACACAUUCAUCUGAGAAUAGAAUAUUUCUAAUAGGACAUCAAUAACUGAAAACUUAUAGCCUAUAAGUGUCAGCAUAAAUCCUAAGAGUAUUGUCUUAUAAGCAAGCAAACAAAAAAAAAAAAAAAUAAUAAUAAUAAUA